GAUGGCAGGGCUUGGAGCUGCAGGAGGACCAACAUGAACCGAAGCGGUCAGUGGUGACAUCGCAGAAGUCUAAUCUGACAAUAGUCCAAUAAUAACCAUUACCAUGGCAACAGGAAGAAAAGGCUCCACAUCCAAAGCAGGUGGUGUUCGUUUCCCUGACGAUGAUGAACCACCUGGUUCUCCAACCCGAAGGGACGACCAAUCUAACCUCUCCACCCUUGUUGCCGUCUUAGAGAAGGAUGGGAGCUACUUGGUUAAGGCCGGGUUCCUUAAGAGCCACCACCAUUAUGAGAUCACCUUCACCCUCCCAGACACGCCCACUCUGGGGAAGGAGCUGGCCUGUCUUCCUUCCUUCUCUCCAACUCGGAGGCCCCAGAACCUGCGGGUCCAGCGGGUUAACUCCAUACUGGAGGGAGGAGUAAAGGUGAACUGUGAGUACAAGACUCACCAGGAGGGGAUUGUUCAGGAGGAGAUGACUGUGGUGGCCAAAGGACGGAGAGACAGCAGCCUGAAGGUCAGACUCCAGGCUAAAGUCAUUGACCCUCACCAUGGCACCCCCAUGCUGCUGGAGGGGGUGCGGAGCCUGGGGGCUCUGAGGGACCCGCACUCCAGGCGAAGCAGCGAGCGCAAGAAGAAAUGAUGAAAAGAGACUCAUAGCUGAUACCUGCAUUUAUAUUUAUCAACCUUUAAUCGUCCAGUUCCAGGGAGGGGGCUGACAGUGGGCUGCAGAAACACCAACAUGUCUGUUUACAAACCUCUGAUUCUUCAUGGACGUAUGGAUUGUGAUUUCAAUCUACUGUUGAGUAUUAAUUGAAACCAUGGGAAUGAUGCAGUAUGUUGAAGAGUAGCCAUCAUAUCGAUUACUAACCUGCUCACACUGCCAAUCAGACACAGCUGCUGCUCAGGUCUGCAGAUCCAGUCACACCCCCCCUCCUCGUAUCUUUGCCAUAAUUGGAUUUAAUUUCCACAUCAGAAUGACAGUAAAAGCAUUAGGGGUGUAAAUCACACCCAUCAUGGCGAUUCGAUUCAGUAUCAAUUUCCUGACCCAGACAUUCUAUUAUUUUUGAUAUUCAAGAAUUCAUCACGAAAUACUUCCACACAAAUGACUUGAAUCCGAAAGGGGUGUGUAAUCAUCUUUUUCCUCUGCCAUGCCUGUCAUGCCUACUGUUUAUGCGAGUGUGUG